CACAUCAGCUCCAGCAGCGGGUCUUCCCCCAACCCCGAACCCGUCCGUGCAGCGUCGGCAGAAAGCAGAGUCGGCGAGCGCCAGGCCCAACAGGCAUCGGUGGGUCGUCAACGUCGGCACGCGGCGCCCCAUGGCGCGGGCGGCCGGCGGAGGCGGCGGUAGCACGACGUCUUCCGACGACGGGGGCUGCAUGUGGCUGCGUCGUCGUCGGCGGGCCGGCUGAGCGCGGGGGGCCAUGCAGCGGGCGCUGCGCAUGAACGAUGCACAGCUGCUGUCGCUGUCCGAGAAGGCGCUGCACGACAACUGCCUGCGUGGCUACCUCUGCAAGCGCACGGCGGACAGCGCACGCUGGCAGCUCCGCUGGUUCGUGCUCUACCAGAACCUGCUAUUCUACUUCGAGAACGACACGACGACCCGGCCGUCGGGCGUGCUCUUCCUCGAGGGCUCCUACUGCGAGCGCCUGCUCACGCCCGUCACCGGCGGCAAGAACACGGGCAGCACUCAGUACGGUUUCACAAUCAGCUACCGCAAGGAAGGUGCCAGGCAAUACGAGCUGAAAGCCGAAACUGAGGCCGAGUGCAACAACUGGGUGCAUGCCAUCGACUGUGCAAGUUUCAGCAAGAUGCUACUUCAGAAGGAAGAGCUGGAGCAGAAGCACCUCCACCUGGUGCAGAUCGUGGAGAGCGAGAAGACAGCCAAGUGGCAGUACACUCAGCAGUGCGAGGAGCUCACCGUCGAGAUCAAGAAGCUGCGCGCCGAGCUGUGCGCGCUGAAGAAAGAAUGGAGACUCACGCCACACCGAAGCGAAGACGAAGACAGCGAAGAAAUCAAAAAGAUCAAAAAAGUGCAGAGCUUUUUCCGGGGCUGGCUCUGCCGCCGUCGCUGGAAGCAAAUAGUCGCGGAGUACAUCAGCUCACCACACGCCGAGAACAUGCGUAAGCGGAACAGCCUGGUGUUCCGGAUGGUGGAGGCAGAAGAAGAGUACGUGGAGCAGCUUCAGCUGCUGGUGUCAUGCUUCCUAAGGCCAUUUAAGAUGGCGGCAAGUUCUCAGAAACCUCCCUGCACACAUGACGAAGUCAACUCUAUAUUCCUGAACAGUGAGACGCUCAUGUUUCUUCACCAAAUCUUCCUCAAGGGUCUCACAGCCAGAAUGGAGAGCUGGCCGACGUUGGUCCUGGGUACAGGAGAUCUGUUCGACAUGCUCCUUCCGAUGCUGACCAUCUACCAAGAGUACGUCCGCAACCACCACUACAGCCUCCAGGUUUUGGCCGAGUGCAAGCAGCGCGACAAGUUCGCCGCCAUACUGCAGCGACUCGAGGAGAAGACCGUGCUCCAGGGCAGGACCCUGGAGACAUUCCUCACUUACCCCAUGCACCAGGUGCCUCGCUACAUCAUUACGCUGCACGAGCUGCUGGCCCACACACCACACAACCACGUUGAACGCAGGAGCCUGGAGACGGCACGGACCAAGCUCGAGGAACUGUCACGCCAAAUGCACGACGAAGUGAGCGAAACAGAGAACAUCCGUAAGAACUUGGCCAUAGAAAGGAUGAUCAUAGGAGGCUGUGACAUCCUCUUGGACGUCAACCAAGUGUUCGUCAGGCAAGGCAACGUGAUCCACGUGGUGGGGUCGGACAAGGCCAAGUCCCAGCGAUCGCGCAUCCCAAACCUUAAAGGAGAGAAGGAAGUAGUGCGUCAGUGCUACCUCUUCACGAAUCACAUGCUCCUCUGCAACCGAACCUCGGCCGGCAAGCUACAUCUGGUCGAGAGCGUGGGCAAAAUUCCCCUGGCGGAUGCCACCCUCAUCGAAGACCCCAACGAUCAGUUCCAGUUCAUCGUGGACGAUGGUGAGGGCUCGGUGAGUUCGGUAUCGAGCCUCACGAGCGGACUAGGCAGCAGCGGCGACUCCACCGCCACGUCAACGGCGGCAUCUGGCGGUGGGUCGGGGCAACAGAAGGACUAUGGCGGUCUCGACUUCAAGAUCAUCGUCGACUUCAAGACCGCGCCGCCGGUGACGGUGCAGCUAGUCGCUCCCACCAUGCAGGAGAAGGCGGCCUGGACGAGCGACAUUAGCCAGUGCAUCGAUAAUGUGCAUUUCAACGACCUCUUCCACGGCACGAUGAGCGACGCUUCGUCGGUCACGAUGCCACAUUCCAUCAGGAACGACCCCAGGCUGUUCAAGGACGACGUGGACAUCCGAUUCAGUCGUACACUCAACUCCUGCAAGCUGCCCCAGAUCCGUUAUGCGAGUCCCGAGCGCCUUUUCGAGCGCCUGACGGACCUGCGCUUCCUGAGCAUCGACUUCCUGAAUACGUUCCUGCUCACCUACCGAGUCUUCACCGACGGUGUCAAAGUGCUGGAGGCGCUCAAGAAGGUCCACUACAAUCCGGACCUGCAGAUCAACGCGAUGGGCGCCGCGCUUCAGGACUCAACCGGGUCCUUGGACGCAGUCGGUGUCGAUGGCGGCGGCCCUUCCGGGGGGGCCGCUGCUGGUCAGGCGGGCGCCGCGACGGCCGGCGCGCCAGGCGCCGCGCCAGACCGGGACAUGGGAAUGCUGGUGGUGGAGUACGACUACUCGCGGCGCAUCAGCACGACCAGCAUGCUCUCGGAGGCAGGCGACGCUCAGCCGGGGCACAGUGGCCCCGACCACAUGCAGCAAGUCGUGCAGCAGGUCUCGCGAAGCCAGCAGCACUGGAGACUCAGCUACCGAAAGUUCGAAGAGGAGCAGCUGAAAGAGCAAACGCUGAAGCGGAUCCGCGAGGUCGUGUCGCCCAGCCCGGAGCCCAUCCUGCCGCCUCCCCCGCCCACCCCCGAGCCGGCCACGGGCGGCCUGGUUCACACGUUGCCGGCGCCCGUACCACUACAAGGGGCCACGCUGGCUCCGCCCGAAGACGUCGGCUUCUUCGGCCAGCUCAUGCACCUGCACGAGACCAGCGUGGUCGCCGCGGCCACCGCAGUCGGAAUGCCCGUGAGCCUGACGGGCACCAACGGCGGCCCCUCGGCGAGCCAGCAGGAGCAGCCGCGGCUCGAGGCGCCGAAGGCUUCUCUUUCGUCGGACACGCUGAGUGCCGACGCUAGUUGCCCAUCGACACCCGGAAACCUCAGCUCGACGGCGUCCACAGCCACGCUCGUUGGCAGCGUGGGAAGCAACGAGUCCCCUAAGCCCAGUCCCAGCCGGAAGAAUGCGCCCGUUCGGCUUCCGACGCAAGACAGCGUGCAGAGCGCCCACGACGACACCCCACCCCCGACGCCCCCAGCAGCUGCGACGACAGCCCCGCCGGUGAUGCAACCCGUGGUGCCGCCGACUCCGCCGCCCUCGGCGGCGACAGUCGCGGCGGCAGUGUGCACGGGUUCGCCGGCCCGCGCCGCGCCGCAGCAGCCCCCGACCGAUGUCCGACCUGCGGCCCGGGGGCUGCCGCCGCCAAUGACCUCGAGCCAGUCCGCGCCUAACGUCAUGAACUACCUGCGUGUGCGCGGCGCCCAGGGCAAGCGGGGCAGCAGCGACACGGAGAGCUCGAGCGUCUCGGUGACGCCUCGCUCGAGCUUCCAGACCGAGUCGACGAUCCUGUCGACGCCCCGGUCCAGCUUCCAGUACCCCGACUCGCCGCAGCACAGCAGCAAGGCGGGCGUCGUGGUCACCUCGUCCCGGGCCUCUACGCGACGUUCGUCGACGGCCAGCGCGGCCGCCGCGUUUGCCGUGGCCACCGCGGGCUCCUCGAAUCCUCCGGAGCCGCUCGUGGCCGCGGCUGCCGCCGCAGCGGGCGGAGGCGCCGUGCCGCCGGGAUCGCAACCGGCCAGCAGGGCCGGCAGCCGCCUGCCCAGUGCGGUCGGUGCCGACCUCAAGAUACCCGGAGCAGCUGGCGGGGCCGCCGUGGGCCCUGGACCGGCAGCUCUGCGCGCCAAGCGGGAAUCAAUGAUCAGCACCGCGGCCACCAUGCGAGUGCUCAACGUACUCCGCCAUUGGGUCUCCAAACACUCCCAGGACUUUGAGAACGACCCGAAGCUGCUGCAGAUGACAACCGAGUUCCUGGAGGAGCUGGCUCACAACUCCAACCUCCUUCCGGCUGAACACAAGGCGGCCGCCCAGCUCUUGCACAUGAUCUCCAAGCAAGAUCAGGACAAGACGAAAGUAGACCUCGACAUCCUCUUGGCUCCUCAUAUGACACCAAGUAAAGAGACAGUGGAGUCCUUGUCGGCACUUGAGAUCGCCGAAGGCAUGACCUACCUCGACCACAAGAUAUUCAUAGCUAUACGCAGCGAGGAGUUUCUAGGUCAAGCCUGGAUGAAGCCUGAGAAGGCAACCAAGGCUCCUCAUAUUCUUCUUAUGACAAGAAGGUUCAAUGAUGUGAGUCGUUUGGUGGUGUCGGAAAUUAUGCGCUGUCCGGAGAUGUCCAAGCGAGUGACCAUCAUUGACAAGUGGUCCGCCGUCGCCGACAUCUGCCGCUGCCUGCACAAUUUCAACGGUGUGCUCCAAAUCUGCGCGGCCUUCAUGAACAGCUCGGUGUUCCGCCUCAAGAAAACCUGGGAGAAGGUCUCAAAGACGACGAAGCAGACGAUCGACAAGCUGCAGGCAUUGGUGUCGGCUGACGGGAGGUUCCGCAACAUGCGUGACGCUCUUCACCGCUGCGACCCACCCUGCAUUCCGUACCUGGGCUUGUACCUCACCGACCUCUCCUUCAUCGAGGAGGGCACGCCAAACUUCACAGAGGAAGGACUGCUCAACUUCUCCAAGAUGAGAAUGAUUGCUCAUGUGAUCCGGGAGAUUCGCCAUUUCCAGCAGACUCCGUACAAGAUUGAGAUGAUUCCUAAGGUGUUCAACUACCUGCUGGACCCAGGGCGGCUGAUGCCCGAUGAAGAGCUGUACCGGCUGAGCCUGUGCCUGGAGCCACGACUGUCCCGGCUCGGCACCAAGGUCACGGCGUCCCCGUUUACCCCGUCCUAUGCCUCUACCACCACGCCAUCCUCGUGAGCACCCCUCACCACCACCCCAUUCACCACCUGGGACCCACUGCCCCCACCCUAGAAUCACCGUGCACCAUCCCCGAGCAGGACUGCUCCCGACAGGCGCACCGCAGCACAAACGAGACUACCUGCAGGGGUCUGGUCAGUGGAGCCCAGAAGACUUCGCGCACCGCCCGAAACUGCACCAGUCAAGUUCCACGUGCCUCCUUCCAGAAGCAAGCCUGACACUGCCCUACCCCUGGAGAGAGAUGCAAUCCAAGAGGUUCAGACAUCCACAAGAAAGCACUGUGUGACCAGCCUAGACGCGUGGGUCCAUUACAUGUAACUAUACUGCACAUAUCCACAGCACCUUAUCCCUCUGACCGGCAACGGUUGUCGCACAAGAGCCCUGUUUAAUGCGCCCUGGUGCGCAAGUGUGACUACGUUAUUCUUGCAUGCUUUACCGUACAUUGUCAACCAACUCUUAUAUGAUCCACAGCAUGGAAUCGAUGGAAAUGGCUGAGGUCAAUAGCAACAAACAGCCACUGUUUCGAGGCCAGCAGCAGUCAGAGCUUGGAGCACAUUUAUGUGCUUGCUGACUUAGCCAAUGUAGCACACAGGAUAAAUGCUAUGCGAAAUUCAAGCAGUCAUAUUGUGCAAGAGGGUCUUGUUCACCCAAGCCAUCGCUUCUAGCAACUCUCAAACACUUGAGAUUUUUUGCUAUGCUGCUGUGGCUGUCCUUUGCAUAGACCUGUCUCAGCAUUAGGGGCAACAGUCAAAAGCUUCGUUCUGUAGUCACUAUUUGCUGGAGGUCCCACAUAAAAUGCACCGAGAUUUAACAAUUGAAACAUGUUUUCAGAGAAAGAAUUGCAAACCCAUGAUAUACUGUCAGGCUUGUAACUACUUUCUUGAAGUGGUCAUGACCUGCAAUUAGCUGAAAUCGCCUCGUUAUAUAAAUAUUGCUAAUGCUGCAGUUUGUGAAAAUGUCCCGUCAGCUUUCUGGUGUUUGGAAUUCUGAGCUAUGCUAAUGGCUUUCAUUAUGGUAAUAAUCACCCCAACAGGAGGCACUGCCUGUGUGCAAAUGAGCCAACAAAACUGGUGGCCAACGUUAAUCGAUGCUCAUUUAACACUCAAAAAGUGAAACGAGAACCAGGAAGAAGUGUAGGUGCUAGCAAGAGCACAUAGACAAAGCACUGGCUAGCAACCAUUUGCUUACAUUUAGAUGAGGUUUUGCUUUGUCUCUGUUGGCACCUGCAGAAUUGAAUGAGCAUGCGCAAGAUUGCCCUACUGAAAUUCUAUAUCUUGUGCAGUUUCCUAACAGCCGAGAGAAAGCUCUGUAUGACCAGCUUAGACAAGUGGGCCCAAUAUGUGUAACUAUACUAUGCUUAUCCACCACAAGGCAACAAAUUGACAUUAGAAAUCAUGUCACGUGUCUCUUUAAGGAGUUAAAAGUUUUCUAAAUUUCAACACAGAAACAUUACAGAAAUACUUAUCAAGGUAAAUGAAAGUGGUAGAUUAUAAAGAGACGGAAAGGAUGUCUAGAAAGAAGAGUGGUUAACCAGAGGUAGUUCUGGUUGGUUGGCUACCUUGAACAGGGGGAAGGUGAUAGAAAAAGAGAGUUACAGGAACACAAAGUAAAACUGCUUAAACAAAAAUGCAGCGGUAGCAUUCCCAAAGUCUAUCAUAUGUAACCAACUAGAGCAAUGCCAGAUAUAGCCUUCUGCGUGGAGUUCUGAACAUUCCUGUGUCCGUGAGGCAAGUGAUGUGCGCAGUGCUCGAUAGACUGGACAGCUGUCCACUAUAAAAAAAAUCUAGGAGGGUGCACCCGAAGUGGUAGACUAUAGAGAGAGAGAGCAAGGAGAGGAAAGGCAGGGAGGCCAACCAGAAGAGCGUCCGGUUUGGUACCCUGCACUAGACUAUAGGUUUCUGAAAUGCCAAGCAGGUGACUUUUACCAAGAAGAAAUGAUGCUAAUGAGAGAGGGUGGAGACGUGACUUAGGUACUCCGACAGCAGCUUCCCUUGACAUCACGUAAUUUGGUCGUGGCAUGGUUGAUUGCUUAUUAAGAAAAUAUGAUUACUAAAGGAGGGCAAAUCUGACUUUUCUACACUUUACCCACACAAAAGGGGCUUAAUCAUGCAAGGAUCCUGAAAGUACCACAUUACCCAAUAUUAAUCAGAACUGCAGUUUUGACACGAUAUUCAAAAGGUAAGUUUUUCUGUCAAUCUCUCCACGAAUUAGCUACCUUUCCUUUUUGUUUUCGCCAAAUAAAUGCGAGGAAGUUCUGAUAGGGUGUUUCUAACUUAGUGCUUCAGUAUAAUGUUCCUUCAAUAUCUACAUAACAGGAUCAUUAACAAAAAAACACAAUUCAAUUCUUAAAGUCUGGUGCAUUUUAUGUAGACCAAACCAAACACAGGUUGGAGUAAUCUUAGCAGACAUCAAAUAUUGCCAGAAGUGAGCACUCUUGAAAAUUUUAAUGGGAGCUUGUAAUAUGAAGGCAGAGUGGGUUACCACAUGUUGCUAUGACCAUUUGCACUUUGGAAUUACAGGUCUCUAGAAAUCUCUGCAGAGUUGAGUGCACAUAGAGAAAUAACAUGAGCGAAGCAAGAAGUGCACAUAGAACUUCUACCAGCAACUAUAAAUGCACACAUAGAAAACCAAGCUUAUUGUGUGAGUCAACUGUAGUGAAUUAGCAUAUUCACUACAGUUGGUUCACACAAAAAGUAUCGCAAAUCAAACCACAAAUAUUGUGAUUAUCUUAUUAAGUCCAAGGUGUGAAAAAAAAAAAAAAAAAGGAGUUUGGUCUCUUAAGUAACAGUGGUGCAUCUGUUUCAAAAAAAAAGAAAGGCUGGCUGGCUGGCUGUCUUCGGCCAAAAUGAAACAAAAUUAGGAACCCAAGAUUAUGGCAUCUGAUAAGUUUCAUGGCAUCCUUAGCUUUACUCUUGAAUGCACCCCCACAACUGCAACCACAACACAACAUUAAACAAUUUCAGUACAGCUGAGGACAAAUCUUUAACUCAUGACUGUUAUUAUCUAAAACAAAAAUCAGAUGUGUACUACAUGCACUUGUGCAAGCUACCCACUAUUCUCAAAUUUGGAAGAUUGUGACUGCACAAAUAAUCUCCCUCCAGACUGGACAACCAUAGUCAUUGUGAGCUUUGGGGCUUGUAGCACAUCAUGGUUUUCGAUGUGCUCUAGAUACAAGAAAAUGAAAGGUCCUCCUCUCAGAGAUAUGAUGCAAUUAAGCUAAUAACAUGCACAAUAUAUCAAGCUCACAAACAGGUACUUUCACUCUGCAUGCAAAAUUCCACAAUUACAAUUUAACUAGUGUUGUCAAAUUUCAAUUUCAAUUUCAUGAGUGAUAAAAUAUGUCGAAGCCUUUUAACGCACUGCACAAUGUGUAACAAUUAAAUAGCAUGAAUGCACUGCAUUAGAUAAAAAGACUGCACUGCAUUAUCCCCGCACAAUUCUGCUGCUUUUGAAACCAGUACUUAGGAUCAGCACCUUGAAAAUGCCACCAAAAAGCUAAGAACUCCUUUACAAUCAAGUCAGUCUUUGUGCGGAGAGAUGCAGCUAUGACAAGAGACAAAGCAGCUGUACUUUCCAGUAUCCUUUGUCAUGUUCCUCGCAAUAUUUUAUUAACAUGCAAGCUCCACACUAAUACGAUCUCGCAUGUUCCAUGCAGUGUGCUGUACAAGGAUUUGAGUACCUUAAUGUCUGCAUUUACUGCAUGUUGCACUGACAUAAAUGACAUUGUGGGCAACCUGGAGAAAGUAUACACAGAAAUGUAUAUGCUAUAUAUAAAACUGUUGUUUGUUGAGACAUCUUGCAAAGUAUAUGUGCGUGUUGGCAUGCUUUAGUGAGGCAGUGAAUCUUCAUUGUGUCCUUCCUUGAAAGCACCACUGCUUUAACCGAGCUCCCACACUGCGAGCAAUGGUAUCACAAACUCUGUUUCCAAGUUUCCAACAAAAAGAAUUAGCACAGUCUACGUGCAGCCAUAGCUGUUGUUCCCAGCAACCUCCUCCAGUGACAUGAAUCUAUCUGUGCACUGCAAGAUAUAUCUAGUGUUGAUUGUUAAUGACACAAGACUACAUUCAACCGUAACAGGAUAACUUUGGGGGCCCAUGCAGUGAUGAAGGAUGAGUUUUGCUUUGGCAAGGAAGCCAGGAAAAGGCUAGGGAGAAAACUUGCAGAAAGGGCUGUAGUAGAAAAGAAGAGCUUCGCACUACACUGUAUCCUGCAUGUGUGGUGCUCUACUAUCUUUUCUUUCUGGGCCAUGGCUCAACACUUCUCAGUAGCAUGUAAAGAGAGAAGAAAGAAAAAAGGCUACCACCAACACACAUAUAUACACACAUACACACACACACACACAUUCUCACACUUCCACAACGAUAGGGCAUAAAUCAAAGUGGUAUAGGCGUCCACGCAACCGUUGCGCCACGCAGCAUUGCUACUGCGCCACAAGCACGCAGACACAACGGCUAUUGGUGCAACUCAAGGAGCUGCCAAUGCAGCACUGAAAGGCUACGAUUUCCCUAGAUGACGCCAAGGCCUAGAUGCUUGAGCCUUCUACUGCAGAGAUUGGAAUGGAAGCUAGCUCAAAACUGUGUCCGCACCAAAAUGGGAUCAGGUACUAAGCAGUAUGACCCAGUAAAACCACCAGUCAUGACCAAACAUUUUAUGUGUUGAUUCAGCUGUUGCAAAUAUAAACUUUCUUACCCAACAUACUGUCAUGUUUAGUAAAACGCUUCCCAAACACAUUUCAGAAUGUAUUUUAUUGGACACUGUUGUUCAGCACCAAGGUGCACUCAGUAAAAUGUUGGAUCUGUUUACCAAGACUGGGUCACGCCACUUGGCACCCGUGCUGUUUCCGAUCGUUCAGAUUUUUGUGCAGAUACAAUAGGGGUGAUCGGGCUGCUGUUGAUGGCACACUGUUGCCAUGAAGUUAAGGCUCUGCUACAUGUAUAUAUUCCACAAAUACUGUUAUCCCUGUUACAUUUUUUUCCUGUUUCGUAGCUUCUGAACUUGCUCAGAAGUGAGACGCGAUUUUCUCCUGUGAGCGGUGACUGUCCGAUUUCCCAACAUUCCGUGGAAAUGCAAUUUUGUGGGAUGAAUGUGACAUUGUCUGUUGCUGUAUAUCUGGGCAUCCCUGUACAUAUGUGAAACUUGCACAUCUCACCAUCCUCUUUUUCUUUGGCAUUGCUCAACCACGACACGAGAAUUCUCGAAAACACAGCGUUGAAACUAGGAUUGGUUUCGCGUCACCACCGUGGAAGAUGGUGCCUUCUGAGAAGCACUGAGAUGUUAUGCAGCGUACCAAAGUCUAGUUUCCGCACAUGCUCGCUGGAUGUACUCAAUAAACAUAAUCGAAAUAUAGCUCUGUUAAGAGGGUGGUUAGGCUUCUCAUCUUUGCUGUUGAACAUUUCAAAUAUUUUUUGUUACCAAUACCGUAUUGUUGCCACUGGUGGUGUCCCAGUGUUGGGUUUCAUGCGCCGUGCAAUUCAUGGUGGUCAUCAUAUCAGCAGAGUGUUAAGGUGUGUUACUGUUGAAAAGAGGUUACUUCAUGUUGAUACCCAGAUGAGGCAAGAACGAUAUAAUAAUAUAUAACUUCAUGAUGAUUGCAACUCCACUGGUUCUACUACACACGUUGACACAAGCACAUUCAAGGAUACCUAGUUGUUUAAGUACUACUGCUGCCCAUGAGAAAGGGCAGGUAAGACCGCAUAUAUCUGUUUGUUCUCAGCUCAUUCUACUUGGUGGAAAUAUCUACUGAAACACGAACCGUGAUCAGAGUACUAGCCAGAAAACAAUAAUAAAAGACGGAAUCCUUAAACAAAUACUUGGCCCAAAUAUUAAAGGUCAAUUGCAACGAAAUUUCGCUUUUUCUAAAUUGGUGAUAGGCGAAUAGUAUAGUAUACUACUAACACAAUUUUGGCAACGUUGCAGGGCUGGUAAUAGUCUAAUUUCUUAUUAGCAGCCCUUGAAUAGCACCUAAGCAGACAACGCGUGCACUUGGUGGUUAGCAGAUACGAUGUAAAUCACGGCAGGUGGCAACCUUUUCAGUGCACUGUGGGCAGCCGCUGGCCCAGCCUAAUUUUGGCGGUAAUGCUGAGGAAUCGCACUGGCUUAAGGUGUUGGGUCAUGCAUAAUUUGUGGCAAGCAGUACUAAUGGUGUUUUUCCUUUCUUUUUCUUUCAGUUUCAGUAUCGAAAACGUCCACUUUUGCUGGCUUUUCCGUGUCGCAUCCACUUGUAUUUCAAACAAAAUCUUGCACAGAGGCAACUCUAUACCUACACUAUCUGAAACUAGGCCUUAUAUGUAGCUCAACAUUUUACUGCAGUUGGCUUUUAAGUGCAGGUAAAAACAUUGCUUUUUGACGCAUUCCAUAUGUUGUCUGACUUGUUCGCGAAUGACACACGUCAUGACACAAGUGUGCCGAUGAAAUUAUUUUGCUGCACAACCAAUUAGCUAGGCUUUCCAGGGGGAAUGCAAAAGCAUCCAUGAGAACAGGUAGCAUCAAUAAGGGUGGGUUGAAUUGCUCGCUGCAGCAGCCGUAUUUUCAUGGGGGCAAAAUUAAGAAACAGCUAGUGUAUUUAGAUUUAGAUGCGCCUUAAAGAAUUCCAAUUGGUCCAAAUUAACCUGUACCCCUACACUACAAGGUCCCUUAUAGCCCACUGUGCAGCCUCAAGAGCCCAACAAGUUAAAUUAAACUAGAGUGUGCGCUCUUUCAGUGCCACCUUGUGAACUUGAUGCAGACGACUUGUCUCCCAUGGUGUUUGAGGUAGUUCUGUGCUGUUUAUCACAUGCCUCUGAACAGUGUGUUGGCUUCUGGUCAAGAAGCAUGCUACAUGUUUUAGAGCAGGAACAUUAACUAAGCCUGAAACGGAACACAAAAUAGACUUGACCUUCUUGAUGUUCAUGCACGGUGUAAUAUUUUAAACCCAGCAGCAUUCUCUUCACUUAUUUUUCAGUCAUUUCAGGAACUGCUCUGGUGAUUUCAAGUGUUUGACUUAUGCAUGUUCAUGGCUAUUUAAUGACUAUUAGUGUGUCUUCAAAACCAUAACAUGCACAAAGCUUUGAACACAUAAUGGCUCCCUUUACAUGCACAAAAGUGCAAGGUUCCUGAUAUACCAUAGCUUGGGACAACAAUUGGCCAAAUUAUUAGUUCUUAGAUACAACAGUUUCAAUAACUUAAUGUAGGUAAACAAAUACAACUGAAAGGGUUGUAGCCAUCAACAGAGGAAGCUGUAAGCAGCAGCAGCAUCUUGAAACACAGUUAUCUUGGUUGUGCUUUCUGCGCGAUUUCAAUAGGGCACAAAGUUUUUUAGAAGCCCGGACUCGCGAUCACUCGCGCAUGCUGAAAGUAACAGCGGCUGCGCGCAACGCGGCAAUGACUUAAAAGGACGCGCAAAGUUAUUUGUGCCACUAAGCUCCUUCUUGCUUGCAUACCAUUUGCAAUCUUUGCAGGAAAAUAAAAAAAUAAUUGCUUCAGCAUAAUCAUUAUUGUUUUUCCAUGCAAUAGUCUCACUCAACUUUCCAGCCCCAUAUACAUUCAGCAUUAGCAUGAUCACUGAGAACUGUUUACUCGGUGCCUGCUAUUUACUAUUAUAAACUCGCACAGGUUUACCAAAGAGUCAGUUGAAAGAACCUUAGGCUUUCAACCACUUAAAGUAAACUACGCUACUCUUCAGAGCUCAGUGCAAGUUAUGAGCAGCAACCUAUUGUAUGCAUGUGUCAUUAAAAUGAAACAGUCACUUGUCCACAAAAAAGCCCACAACUUGGUUUCUGCACCAUUCCAUGUUUCUAGGAAGGCAUAUCAAGGUGAGCACUAGCUGUUCAACCGGGCUCCUAUUAUUUACAGUGCUUAUAUGGCAUGCAUGAUAGCCGCAGAUAAAAGCGCAGAUGACAUACAAAAAAAGAAGAGCGAAACAACUGUACAGAUUACAUUAACAGCCCACCCUCCCUCCCUUUUACACCUAUAGCCUACAUCCACUAGUGUACCACACAUCAUGCCAAAAUGCAGCAUUUUAAUUUUAAAAAGUAAAAAAAAAACAGGGACGUCACUGUUUCGUACGUCUGCUUGUGGAACACCACCUCACUCACCCUCGUGUGACCGUUGCGAUACUCAUGUAGCUAGAAUGCUUCGAAAAGCUCACAACCUAACAGGCCAGUUGGCCAAUAGCUGUAGACGCUUCCUGCAAGAGAUAAAUGGGCUUGGGGGAGGAAGCUUUUGAUGUUUUUCUCCUCCGAGAUGCCGAGAAAGGGUAAAAAAAUGUGGGGAGAGGCAAGGGGACGGAGAAGGCACCACACGAAAGUACUACAUACACGCAGACACGUGUACACAAGCGAGCUGCAGUGUAACAUAAAAUGUAGACAGACUACAACUAACGAACGCGAUCAAGCAGCAGAUGCUUUUUUUUUUCCUUCUCCUUGCUCCACUUUUGAUGGCCUCCCCAUCCACAUCAAGGCGUGUCCAUUUCCCAAAAGCAUGUUUUUUGAAGAGAAAUAAACACUCUCACAUUUCCCACCACUUCUUUUAUGUGUACAUUGUCAGAAACUGUAUUUACUGUCAAGUGGUGGUUGAAAAGCCUCUGUGCAUUUCGAGAAUGUAUAUGUACCUACUUUUCAUGUCGUUUCAUUUUCCAUUUUCUUUUCUCAUGACAUGACCUGUCAUAGCACUUACAUUGUCUGUACCUAUAGCAUUGCCAUCCAUGACCUCUUCUUUUAUGUUCAUUUCUGAAGUCUGGUUCUAGCACUGUUUUUGAUACUUGAGUGCAUUUUCGGGUGAUUUUGUGACAUCUGUGCUACCCUAUGUCCUUUUGCCCUACAUUUUGUCUUUCACUUGUAACAAUGAAAAAAAAAUUGCCUAUCUCUAAAGUGUGUUGAUAUCACAGCCAUGCCCACCUCAGUACAAAACCUACUUACUCUCCCUUUCAUCAUAAUAGAGCCUGCAUAUUUCCAGCUUGCCUACAUACAGCUAACACUGUUUGAAAAAUUAGAACUUCACAUGAUGAAAAGGUACAUUUUACAAUGAAAACUUAUUUCCCUGAGACCAUCAUCUAUAUAUAAGAUAGCACAUUCGAAAUUUAAUUAUCAACAUAAAAACAUCAGCAGUGACUUCUAUUUUAUCAUGUUUUCCUUAAAAAAAAUUUUGUAAUAAUAAAACACGAAUUAUUUUACGUCCACUCUUUUGGCACUGUUCACAGGUGCACCUGAUUGAAAUCCACUUGCAUCAUGUCAAAGAUUACAGCUAUCAUGUGCAACAGCCUCUACAGCAGAGUUGUAACAAAGAGUGCUUCACACCUCUGCUUGAGUAUCAGUGUAGCUGUUGAACAAGCUGGUAUAUCAUAAGAAACCUCCUGUACAUUCCAUGCAACUUGUCCUUUUAAAAAACAUUUCCUUGCACAGGUUUUGUUGUUGUCCCGUGACAAUCACACCAAUACUAGUUGAAAUGCUGUUCGUGUUUCUUGAUUGUUUGCCCUCUAAUUUUUUAUUUUUUUUUUUUUUUGCAUUUACUUAAAAUACUGAGUCGGGUUUGAUCCUGUUGACUGUCCUGAAUGAAAAAUGCAUAACGAAAUGCACACUGUUCAUCGUUAUCUCCUCCUCUUUCCAUGACUGUACAUUCCACCGUCAAGUCCACGCCUUGAAAAGUAAAACUACUUUACUUCAGCUGACACUGUGUUGCUUUUCUUGCAAAAUUCCCACAACUGGCUGCGCAGUGCCACUGCUUACAUGCAAAGUCCACUUGAUGAUGGUGAACACAACUACAAUGUGGUAGCAUUCUAUAUGCGAGCACAAACACAACUAGACUAGGAGCAUGCGAGCAGAGUGCAAAGGUGAUUCUAGUCAUCUGUAGUGAUGCUAUUUCUUACAAACUCGUUUGGCCUUGUAAAAUUUCUGCUGCCAUUUGCUUCCCAUGGUCACACUUAUGUACCAAAGCAAACUUGCAGCACCAGCAAACAUAUACAAGCUAAUUACUUCAAAAAGAUAAGUCUAAACAAAGAAACUAAAGAAAGCAUAACUGCGAGUCGGCCUAGUUGGAACAGAUUAAUUUUUAAAACUUUUUGUGCGCAAACAAACAAGGACGAAGAAAAGGAGUAACACAAGGACGAGCACUUUCUAACAACUGGUUUUAUUUUCAAAGAACCACCUGCUUAAAUACCCACAGAUCUGCAUGAUCCAGUCAAUAGAACACGUCAACAGCGCAUAUAACAACACUUGUGAUAAAAUGCCGCGUAUCAGCGCUACCCGCGCCGGGUAGCACUAAACAAGUUUUAAUACCUUCCUCAAAGUCUGGCAUCCUUACAAAAUGGAAGUAGGGCAUUACACUUGCAUCGAGCUGCCUGAAGACCACUUAUGAAUAAAUAAUAUAGCACAGUGCCUGCUGCCAGACUCCGCUGUUUGAAGUUUCAUAGCAGCAAAUAGUGCUUUCUUCAAAAGAAAUGGCACUCGGCAGCCCUAAGUGACAUUCAUAUCUUAAAUGGUGUCCCAGGACACACAGGAGGUGCCUCUGUGAGGAAGUACUGCUGUGUGAUCAGACGUGUCCCUAAUGGAUGCCCCUGUGCAUGCCUACUGAUGGUAAAUUCUCAAAAUCCACUAUUUCAUGUGACAAUGUCCAGCACACUAUGUCACUGGGGCAAUACACAUCCAAGACUGGCAUAAUGUGCCAACUCAAGAAUUCUUUCCAUCCCAUCUAAUUGGUUUAAGCAUCAUGGAACAUGAUUUUAUGGGGCAAAUUUAGAUGGGACAGAGCUAGAUACAAAAGACAAACACCUUUCAACAUUUUGUACUGUGUAUUUUGUUCUGUCCAUUCAAAAUUUGUGCCAUAAAAUCAUGUUCCAUAAUACUUGUUCUCAACUAAUCCAUCUUAUUGCUGGGUAGGCAAUUCAGAGGCACUUAAUAUAAGGGGACAGCAUAAGUAAAUAUUUU